GCGGGCGCAGUUGGUGGUAUUAUCAUCGACAGCACUGCGGGCACCUCAGCCACUAAGCACCAACUCUUCUCCAUGUCUGGUGACGCCCCCGACGAUCACUCGAAUGGCACUCUAAUCAACCUGCCCUUUGUGUUCCUCUUCAACGAGGAGGGUGAAACCCUGCGCUCAGCAAUGGCUCAGCUUGGAUUGGCUAAGAACUGUGGAUGGCCAGUAAGCCAGGACCUGCCAUCAGCCCUGAACGCCACUUCCACCCUCCUGCCUUCUCCGUUUAGCCUUUUGCCCUUAUAA